AUGGCUUAUUUCAAGUUGGAUCCGGCUUUCUUGAAAGAACAUAGUGACGUGGCAUGGAUCCAAGAUCCUUUGGAGCGAGACAAACGACAGAAGGCGAUAUUCCUAAAAGAUGUCCUGCCAAUAAUUCUUAGUCAGGGAGACAAUGGCUAUGCGUACCUGAAGGAGCUUCUUUGGCAAAAUGCUUGGUUACAGCCUUUGCUCGGCACCGGCAUGAGACUUUCGGGGCUGAGGUCUGGAGAAUCCACGUUCGAAGGUCUGGAAAUUGAAAGUAUAGUUAAGCAUCUCUCUAAAAACCCUUUCGACAGUACACUAGUCAUGGCCGAUUUUGUGAUAUUAUGCCGCUGCUGGAUAUUCGACUUACAGAUAAUGGAAAGAGAAGACGCGUCAUGGUAUCAUGCAAUUGGCAAAGCGAACUUGCUGGAUUCGGCAAUUAUCUCAUUUUCCCAGAAACCGAGGCUCAGAAAUGCGAUACGCGCCAAGUACCAGAAUGAUAUCGAAACAAUAGAGCAAAUCCAUCAAGAGGAUGGUCGCGACAUAAGACCUGGUUUCAGGAAUUUCGGGUAAGUUUUUGCAUGAAAACAUCUCUGAAAAGAUGGAGCUGAUUUGGCUUGCUAGAGAAGAGGUACCCUCAAAAUUCAUCAAGGCUAUUAUGGAGGCGCAAUUCGUGGUUCAAGCAAUUGUGCGGGGCGAUAUUCUGAAGCGAUUAGACGGGUGGACCAGGGCAAAGCAAGAAGAGGCUAUUUGGAAUGCUUAUCGGGCUGUUUCUAGGGACAUCCGUUGGGAGAGGCUCAAGGAUCAGGUUCGAGAAAUCUGUGUCAAAAGUGGAAGUCCAAUACCACACGAUGACCCACUGGAGAACAUAGCCGAACUUCGAAAGCAUCUCGACCGCCACCACGACUACUACAGGACAAUAUCUAAACUCAACAAGGAAUUAGAGAUCCAACAGCGUAUGAUCACCAAUCUGUCUUUUCGCCACCUUUUGGAGUCCCUGCCAGGACCAAAUAAAGAUAAGAAGCGUGGUGGUGACAGAGAGGGUUGGGAUAGAUUCUGGGACAGUGCUAUACAGCUGGCCGAAUUUGAGAAAGAUAGGGACCUGGAUGAGACAAACAGAGAAUUUGAAGAAGCAUGGAAAAAGGAGAGAAAGGAUGCUAAAAAACAACAGAAGGAAGUUCAAAACCACCACGGCCACGCUGGAAGUGGCCGAAAGCAUCUGGAUGGGCACAAUGAAUUCAAGGAAAAGGCCGCUGAGAAGUUGAGCAGGGCAAAUGAGACAUGCAUAAAAGGUGGCAUAGAGGCAGAGGGAGACUCCGAAGCAGCAAAUUCGAGAGACACAAUGAUCGAUGACAAAAAGAAACACAAGAAGGAGGGAAAGAAAAAUACCAUGGAAGAGAACUUGAGAGAGGCAGAGGCGGAGAUCGAUUCAAAGAGCGCGGCGGAAGAAGCGCGCUUGAAUUCAAAAAGAGAGAGAAGCCCACUUGUUGCUCUUUUGCAGAAAUUUCCAUCAAAGGACUCUGUCAAAAAUGAAGGUUAUAGCCUCUUCAGCAGGUUUAGCGAAAAUAUUCACCAAUACCGCCAAAGUGUCUACCAUCUCAACGAGUUACAAUGGGACGCCCUUCCAUAUCAUUUACUUGAUGCAAUGCGACCAGUUCAUUACAAUGAAAGUACAGGGAAAGAAGACUGGGCGGCUGAGAAGAAAAGAUAUGUUUCAGACAUAUUUGUUUGA